AUGAGCGAUUAUCAAACACCGCAGAAGGACGGUGAAGUUGAUAUCUUAUUCAAGAAGCCGGGUGCUGAGGCGAUGUCCCGCAACACCAAGGGAGACGUGAUGCCGCAAACCGAAGCGCUGGCGUACGCUUCUGCCCUUCCCCCCGCGCAAAGGUCAGACGUCAGCGGUUGCUACUGCCUGAAAUGCGUCCCUUGUGGGUCGUUUCCCAUCGCGACGCACUGUGUUUGCGGCGGUGAUUCGCUGUGCUGGGGGUUUGGAACGAUUCCAUUCGCGUGCUGUUCGCUCCCGAUGCCUUUCAUAGACCCAUACUUUAGGAGCGUCAAGCGAGACUGCACGGUGAUGUUAGUCGACGCCGAACGCGGAACACUCGCGUGCUAUCCGGGAGAAAAAGCUGAGAAACCGUGCUGCAUCUGGUCCAAGCUUUGGUGA